GCGUAAACAAGGGCCAAGGCUGGGCCGGGCUGGGGGUAUUAGAGAGGCCGAGUUGGGGAGUGGGGCUGCCAUCCCGCCGGGUUGAGGGGGCUUAGGAGCGGGAGGGAGAGGCUGAGCGUGAGAAGGGGAAGGGGCUGGUGGCUUGUCGUUGGGAGGAGGACUGGACUCUGAGGGGUGUUGGGAAGAGGAAGAGACCUGGGAAAUUAACUUUCUUGCAGAGUAUAGUGAGGAUUGCAGCUGCUGAGCAGGGAUUCUGGAAAGCAGUGUGUACCUGAGCCCCCAGCAUGGCGGGCCUAAAGCGGCGGGCAAGCCAGGUGUGGCCAGAAGAGCAUGGUGAGCAGGAGCAUGGGCUAUAUAGCCUGCACCGCAUGUUUGACAUCGUGGGCACCCACCUGACACACAGAGAUGUGCGCGUUCUUUCCUUCCUCUUUGUUGAUGUCAUUGAUGACCACGAGCGUGGCCUCAUCCGAAAUGGACGUGACUUCUUACUGGCACUGGAGCGCCAGGGCCGCUGUGAUGAGAGUAACUUCCGCCAGGUGCUGCAGCUGCUGCGCAUCAUUACUCGCCAUGACCUGCUGCCCUACGUCACCCUCAAGAGGAGACGGGCUGUGUGCCCUGAUCUUGUAGACAAGUAUCUGGAGGAGACAUCAAUUCGCUAUGUGACCCCCAGAGCCCUCAGUGAUCCAGAACCGAGGCCUCCCCAACCCCCUAAAACAGUGCCUCCCCACUAUCCUGUGGUGUGCUGCCCCACUUCGGGCCCUCAGAUGUGUAGCAAGCGGCCAGCUCGAGGGAGAGCCACACUUGGGAGCCAGCGAAAACGCCGGAAGUCAGUGACACCAGAUCCCAAGGAAAAGCAGACAUGUGACAUCAGACUGCGGGUUCGGGCUGAAUACUGCCAGCACGAGACUGCUCUGCAGGGCAAUGUCUUCUCUAACAAGCAGGACCCCCUUGAGCGCCAGUUUGAGCGCUUUAACCAGGCCAACACCAUCCUCAAGUCCCGGGACCUGGGCUCCAUCAUCUGUGACAUCAAGUUCUCUGAGCUCACCUACCUCGACGCAUUCUGGCGCGACUACAUCAAUGGCUCAUUACUAGAGGCACUUAAAGGUGUCUUCAUCACAGACUCCCUCAAGCAGGCUGUGGGCCAUGAAGCCAUCAAGCUGCUGGUGAAUGUGGACGAGGAGGACUAUGAGCUGGGCCGACAGAAACUCCUGAGGAACUUGAUGCUGCAAGCAUUGCCCUGACCUUUUCCCCUUCUCACUUCUCUGGGGACUGUUCCCACCAUCCACCUCUGGAGCUUACAUACUGUUCUGGGGUUUGUUCUCUACCCUUCCAACCAAUCACACCCUGCCUUUUUUUUUUUUUAAAAAGGAAAAGACAAAGGAAAAUGGAAGUGGUGUUCCCCACCCCUCCCUGCACCCAUGUGCCUGGGCUUCCCCUUUGUUCCCCCUUUCCACUUACCCCCCUAAUGUGUGUCUCUACAGCCACCUUGCCACUGAGCCGUAAGACAAAUGUAUAGGGAGAAGCAAAGUCUAUAGAACAUAGUCUUUGUAAGGGAUUGAAGUGAACACUGCUUUUGGGUGCACUGAGGGGUUAUCAGUACUUCUGGCUUUAUGAGGGCUCUUAAAUUUUGUCUGAAAAACCAAAGGGCUGUGAGUAAGGGAGCUGUGUGGAAGGUGGGACUCUGAAAUGUAUUUUGGAAUUUAAUCACCACCCUCUCCCAAAUUAUAGAAUUUUUAAAAAACAAAGAAGCUGUGGCCCUUUCCACUCUCUCCUGGCCUCUGGUGCUGCUCCUCUCUGCCUUGUUUCCUCCAUUCCAUGGCUUGAAACCUCUGCCUGGUGUAGCUCCUUCUCUUCCUUUGUCAAACCCUCUUCAAAGGAGUAAUAGGUAAGAGGACUAGGUCGGCCUAGUCCUCUCUCCCAACCGUAGUGUGUGUGUGUACACACAUACACAGGGUGGAUGGAGAAGUUGUUGCUAAUUAAAAUACACUCCCCCUAAAAAGGGGAAGGGGGAGUGUGACACUUUCCUUCCAUGUUCAAGUGAAAAUAAAUAAUGUACCCUGCAGCCCUU